AUGCUGGCGCUGUGGCUGGUGGGCCUGGGGCAGAAGCUGCUGAUCUGGGGCGCGCUGGGCGCCGUCUCCGUGGCGGGAGCCACUCUUCUCCUGAGCCUCCUGCAGAUGGUGGCGAGGUGCGCGCGGCAAUGGCAGCAGAUGAGGGGCCUCCCCACGUUGCCCGGCUGCUACCCCUUGGUGGGACACGCGCUGAUGAUGAAGCCAGAGGGGAAAGAAUUUUUUCAGCAGCUAAUUUGUUACACAGAAGAAUAUCGGCAUUUUCCAGUGCUGAAACUCUGGCUUGGACCAGUACCACUCUUGGCCAUUUAUAAUGCAGAAAACGUGGAGGUAAUUUUAAGUAGUUCAAGUCAAAUUGACAAAUCCUGUGUGUACAAGUUCCUAGAACCAUGGCUUGGCCUGGGACUCCUUACCAGUACUGGAAACAAGUGGCGAUCUAGGAGAAAAUUGUUAACACCCACUUUCCAUUUUACAAUUCUGGAAGAUUUCUUAGAUGUCAUGAAUGAACAAGCAAACGUAUUGGUUAAUAAGCUUGAAAAACAUGUUAACCAAGAAGCCUUUAACUGCUUUUUUUACAUCACUCUUUGUGCCUUAGAUAUAAUUUGUGAAACAGCCAUGGGGAAGAACAUUGGCGCUCAAAGUAAUGAUGAUUCCGAGUACGUCCGUGCAAUUUAUAGGAUGAGUGAUUUGAUAUCUCGAAGAAUGAGGAUGCCGUGGCUCUGGCUUGACUUUUUGUUUCUUAUGUGUAAAGAAGGAUGGGAACACAAAAGGAACCUAAAGAUCCUACAUAAUUUUACCAAUAAGGUCAUCUCUGAACGGGCCAAGGAACUGAAGAGAGAUGAAGAACAUAGAAGUGGUGACAAGGACUCUUCCCCCUCCAAGAAUAAACGCAGGGCUUUUCUUGACUUGCUUUUAAAUGUGACUGAUGAUGAAGGGAACAAGCUAAGUCACGAAGAGGUUCGAGAAGAAGUGGACACUUUCAUGUUUGAGGGCCAUGACACGACUGCAGCAGCAAUAAACUGGUCCUUAUAUCUAUUGGGUUCUUACCCAGAAGUCCAGAAACACGUGGACAGUGAACUGGAGGAAGUGUUUGGGAAGUCUGACCGUCCUGCUACCGUAGAAGACCUGAAGAAACUUAGAUACCUGGAAUGUGUCAUUAAGGAGAGCCUCCGCCUUUUUCCUUCUGUCCCCUUAUUUGCCCGCAAUCUUACUGAAGAUUGUGAAGUUGCGGGUUACAAAAUUGUGAAAGGCGCUCAAGCAAUCAUCGUUCCCUAUGCACUGCAUAGAGAUCCAAGAUACUUCCCAAAUCCUGAGGAAUUCCAGCCGGAACGGUUCUUUCCCGAGAAUUUGAAAGGACGCCACCCAUUCGCAUAUGUGCCUUUCUCUGCUGGACCCAGAAACUGUAUAGGUCAAAAAUUUGCCACAAUGGAAGAAAAGGUCGUUCUCUCCUGCAUCCUGAGACAUUUUUGGGUAGAAUCCAACCAGAAAAGAGAAGAACUUGGUCUGGCGGGAGAGCUGAUUCUUCGUCCAACGAGUGGCAUCUGGAUCAAGCUGACGAGGAGAAACGGAGAUGCGUCCUAA